AUGCUGGAGGCCCACCAGGGCUCUAAGCUCCGUGAGAUGUUCUGUCUCAUACAGGAGGAGAGAGAGAUGUUGUACUUUCUCGUUCUGAGCGUAUUCGUCGCGUGGGUUGGAGCUCAAGACCCUCCUAAGGAGGUCAACAUGGAAGCACUUCCUAUUAAGAUUGUCAACCCGGUAGUAGGAGACCCGGUAUCGACGAGGCCCUGCUACCCUCUACCAACGCCCAGCCCAACAAUAACAAACUGGAGCGGAGAGAUCAUUGACAGAGAAUGGUGGGAAUAUGCAAAGACUGGUAUAAGCAAGAAAAGAGGAAUAAGCAAGGACGUCAAACGUGCAGCGUUUGAAUCCGGUCUGACGUGUGCGCGUCCGCAAGGCAUCACGAAGGACAUGCGUCGCUACUAUUGGCAGAUUUCCUGUCCGUACACAGUACACUGGUUGGGGAAACUCACCUACCCGCGUUACGGAAACUGCUAUGUCCUCGCUCCAUGCAUACAGAAGAUCAGAGUUGUAAACUGCACAACUGAGUUUUGCACUAACCGCUGCAAAACACCACAUCCACACGUGGAGAAUUCCGUUUGCUUGGAGAACAAUUUCGAGACUUUUGAAGUCUGGGUCUUCUGCCCAUACUACUCGCGGGUAUGCACGACCAAGCCAUGGAGAUGCAUUAAAAAGAUCAAAGUAUCCUUGCCCCAGUGCUGCGAAUGCUGGUCCUGCUGGGACAUGUACGUCACUAUGCCUGAUUGGAAAGAUCCCAUGCUCAAGGGUUAG